GCGCCGGUAGUUCCGCGGCGACUGAGGCCACACGUGGGCUCGGGUCUGGGAGACUUUGGGGUCCGACGAUGGAUACGCCGCUGAGGCGCAGCCGGAGGCUAAGCGGCCUGAAGCCCGAGUCCCCCGACAGCUCCGCCCCAGUUCUGCGGGCGAGACGGGCCCUUGUGGAGUUCGAGCCGACCCCGGAAGAAGCGCAAGGGCUUGGGUCUCCUCGGAGUGAGCCGCGGCCCGGCCCAGAGUCCCCGCGAAGUCAACCGGAGACAAGCCCGGGGUCCCCGAGUCAGCCGCAGGGUGCAGGUCUGGGGUGCCCCCGGAGGCAGCUAGAGCCGGGUCCCCCGUCCCCCCAGCGUCAGCAAGAUGCAGGAGAGGUGUCUCCCCGAGGACAGCGGGAACCGAGCCCAGAGUCCCCCCGUCUUCAGCCAGAGCCAAGCGAAGCGUCUCCAAAAGCCCCCCAGGACUUAGAAAACCCGACUCCAGACUUGGCCCGGAGGAAGGAGGAACCGGUCCACCAGCCGCAGCCGGGCCCGACCUCGCCCGAACCUCACCCGGCCUCGCAGGCGCCGGGACCCGAACCUUCGCGGCCACUGCAGGAGCUGGCACCCCGAUCUCCGGGAUCCCCGGGGAGGCCCCCCGCGACCGGGGAGACGGCGAGAGAUGGUCCCGGGGCCAAAAAGCGAAAGGAGCCUGCAGCCCAGGCCCCGCCGUCCAAGAAGCUGAAGGAGGAGGUGGAGGUGCCCAUCAUCCCCAAGGGGAAGCCCAAGUCGGGGCGUGUGUGGAAGGAUCGUUCCAAGAAGAGGUUCUCCCAGAUGGUUCAGGACAAGCCCCUGCGCACAUCCUGGCAGCGGAAGAUGAAGGAGCGGCAGGAGAGGAAGCUGGCCAAGGACUUCGCCCGGCACCUGGAGGAGGAGAAGGAGCGGCGCCGGCAGGAGAAGAAGCAGCGCCGAGCUGAGAACCUGAGACGCCGCCUGGAGAACGAGCGGAAGGCUGAGGUCGUACAAGUGAUCCGAAACCCCACCAAGUUGAAGCGGGCCAAGAAGAAGCAGCUCCGCUCCAUCCAGAAGCGGGACACGCUCACCCUGCUGCAGAAGACACCACCCCAGCGGCCACCGCCCAAGGUCUAAGCCUGUCCCGCCGCAGCCCCGCAUGCCCGCCGCCUCCAGGGCCACUCGCCAGAUGCCUGCGCUGGACGAGGCUCCAGAACCGGGAACCCCAGCCCUGAAGGGGCUCUGAGGCAGAGAUCUCUGUGGGACCUGGUAGACGUGGGGGAGGGAAGAGGCCCAGUGCCUGCCUCACCUUCCCCCUCCUUCCCCAAGUGCCUUCAGACCAAGACGGGCAGGAGCAAGGUGUAGUUCGCCCCCUGGCACCUCACGAGAGCCCCUGGGUACCAUGGGGAGCUCCAGUGCUGUGGUUUGUCUCCUCUCUUUGUCUGUCUGUCUCUUUCUCUAGAAUAAAUAGAAUGAAAAAAGUA